AUGGGUGACCCGCGGAAGAACCCACGUCCACUUCGCGAACCCAGGAAAUUCUUGCCCUGCGUCUUGGAUUCUUUAAGGGAGAAGGCCCACAAAGGUCAGAGGACCAACUCUGCUGGAUCAGCUGCACCGAGAAGGAACGAGAGCGCCCUGGAAAUAGGAUUCGAUGAUUUCCCUGCCAAGGCAAUGAGCCUCGGCUUGGAGGCCUUGAACUCGGCGCUCUCCUGUGCAGAGGUGACGGAAAUCACUGCCGCGGAGCUGCAGGCCGGGUGA